GCCGUUUUGGUGCAAACUUCUGGCCGUCGGGCGCUCCGCAGGCUUUGGAGAAGCCGUCGCUCGCGCCCCGGGGCCGACCCGCGCCCCCCCCCCAAACCCGCAAGAUGGACACCCCCAGCCGCCAGCCCGAGGUGGGCACCGAGGGCAGCGCCGCUCUGGACUGGAGCCCGCCGGCGCAGGGCCUCUACCGCCCCCAGGAUGAGAAGGACGCCUGCGGCGUCGGCAUGGUCGCGGACUGCUCCGGCGUUGCGACGCGCCGGACCGUGACGGAUUGCCUGCAGGUGCUCGACAACCUGGACCACCGGGGCGCACGUGGCUGCGAGGUCGAGACGGGCGACGGCGCGGGGAUCUUGCUCUCGAUGCCGGACAAGUUCUUCCGGCGCGUCGUGAAGGACUUGCCUCCCCUCCGCCAGUAUGCCGUCGGCAACGUCUUUUUCGCGCCGGGCACCAAUUUCGUCGGCGACGCCAAGCGCAUCUUCGAGGAGUACGCGCGCAUCAUCGUCGGGCUUCGCUGCGUGGGCUGGCGGGUUGUGCCGACCUGCAACGAGGGGCUCGGGGCCACCGCCAAGAACGCCGAGCCGCACAUUGAGCAGGCCAUCGUGGUCGCCGAGGGGGAGUGCGCGGAGAACGAGGCCCUCUUCGCGGCGACGCUCUAUCGGCUGCGUCGCACAGCCUCGUGGGCCAUCAACAAGAGGUUGCAGAAGGGCUUCUAUUUUUGCUCUCUGUCCUGUCAGACCAUCACCUACAAGGGGAUGCUGACCUGCGGCCAGCUGGCCCAGUACUUUCCCGACCUCCGCGAGCCCGACUUCGAGGCUCACGUGGCGAUUGUGCACUCGCGCUUCUCCACGAACACGUUCCCGUCAUGGCAGCGAGCCCAUCCCUACCGCCUCCUCGCGCACAACGGGGAGAUCAACACCAUCAAGGGCAACACGAAUUGGAUGAAGGCCCGCGAGGCGCUCAUCAGCAGCCCCAUGCUGCCCAACAUCGAGGAUACGUUUCCCCUCUUCCACGACGACCAGACCGACAGCAGCCAGUUCGACAACAUCAUGGAGGUAAUCGCGCUGGGAGGCCGUUCCCUCGCGGAGGUGGCCAUGCUGAUGGUCCCCCAGGCAUGGGAGAAGACGCCGUUCAUCACCGACAAGAUGCGCGACUUCUACAAGGUGCAGGCGGCGGUCAUGGAACCGUGGGACGGGCCUGCGCUGCUCUGCUACACCGACAGCAACACCGCGGGCGCGUGCCUGGACCGCAACGGUCUGCGGCCCUGCCGCUACUACAUCACCAAGGACCACCGCAUCAUCUGCGCCUCGGAGGCGGGCGUCAUCCCCUCGGUGGAGCCCGCCGACGUGGUGAAGAAGGGCCGGCUGCAGCCAGGCCACAUCAUCUCCAUCGACUUCAAGGAGCACAGGGUGCUGUACAACGAGGAGGUCAAGGCGAAGAUCGCGGACUCCCAGCCCUUCGGGAAGUGGAUCCGGGAGGAGGGCAUCACGCUGGCGGACCUGCGCAAGCACGCCGUGCGCCCGUCGAAGAAGUUCAGCUUCUCGCAGGCGCACGACCUGCGCGUGGCCAACGCCCUGGGCGCCGGCGGCGGCGACGACGGCCCCCGCCCAGGGGAUCCCAGCGACCAGGGCCUGCGCGCCUUCGGGUACACGACGGAGUCGCUGGAGCUGCUCCUGCUGCCCAUGGCGGACAAGGGCCAGGAGGCGCUCGGGAGCAUGGGCAACGACACUCCGCUGGCCUGCCUGUCCGACCUGCCCAGGCCCGUCUACGACUUCUUCUACCAGAGGUUCGCCCAGGUUUCCAACCCGCCGGUCGACCCCAUCCGCGAGGCGAGCGUGAUGUCCCUGAGCGCCUGGGUCGGGCCGGAGACGAACCUCCUGGCGCCCCUGUCCGCGAAGCACUGCCGCCGGUUGUGGCUCGAGAGCCCCUGCCUGCUCCCCGCGGACAUGGACACCGUCUACGCCAUGGGCGGCUUCCGGGGCUGGAGGAUCCACUCCAUCGAUGCGACGUUCCCGGUGGGCGAGGGGACCCGGGGCCUGGAGCGCCACCUGAUCCGCGUGUGCCACGAGGCCUGCGACGCCAUCCGCUUCGGGAGCUGCAAGAUCCUGGUCCUCACCGACCGCGCCGUCGCCCGCGACCGCGCGCCCCUGCCGGCGCUGCUGUGCUCUGGCGCCGUGCACCAGGCCCUGGUGCGCGAGAAGCUCCGGCUGCACGCCGGACUCGUCGUGGAUUCCGGGGAGCCUCACGAGGUGGCGCACCAUUGUCUGCUCGCGACCUUCGGCGCCGACGCGGUGUGCCCGUAUAACGCCUACGAGGCGAUCUCGAAGCUCGUCCGCGACGGCAACCUGUCCUCCAGCAUCCCAGAGACGGAGCACUACAAGAACUACCAGAAGGCUGUUGGCGCUGGCAUGCUGAAGGUGAUGGCGAAGAUGGGCAUCUCGUGCAUUCAGAGCUACAAGGGCGCGCAGAUCGCCGAACCCAUCGGCCUGCACGAGGACGUCACCCGGAUGUGCUUCACGGGCUCCGACUCGCAGGUCGGCGGCCUGGUCUUUGCAGACAUCGCCGAGCGCACCCUACGGCUCCACGCCAGGGGCUUCCCCGUGACGGUAAACCCAAGCGACAUGCUCACCACGGGCCUUUACAACGACGGCAAGUACCACCUCAGGCAGCUCGGCGAUUCGGAGCUGCACCUGAACGAGCCCAUGGCCAUCGCGAAGCUCCAGGAGGCCGCCCGGACGAAUUCCCGCGCAGCGUACGCCCAGUUCGCGGCAAUCCACAACAAGACCAAGACGAAGGGGUCCCUGUGCGGGCAGCUGGAGUUCCGCAGCCCAGAGGAGUACGACAGGAAGGCGCUGAGUAUCGACGAGGUGGAGUCGGCGGCGAGCAUCGUGAAGCGGUUCAGGACGGGGGCCAUGUCGUACGGCUCCAUCUCGAUGGAGGCGCACGCCACGCUGGCCAUGGCGAUGAACAAGCUGGGGGGCAAGUCGAACACUGGCGAGGGCGGCGAGGACCCCCUGCGCUUCCGGGAGAUGGCGGACGGGCAUUCGGCCAACUCCGCCAUCAAGCAGGUCGCGUCGGGCCGCUUCGGCGUGACGAUCCAGUACCUCACGAACGCCAGGGAGAUCCAGAUCAAGAUGGCGCAGGGCGCCAAGCCUGGGGAGGGAGGGGAGCUGCCCGGGUGGAAGGUGGAGCCCCACAUCGCCGAGUGCCGCAACAGCACCCCGGGCGUCGGGCUGGUCUCACCGCCGCCGCACCACGACAUCUAUUCCAUCGAGGACCUGGCGCAGCUCAUCUACGACCUCAAGAGCGCGAACCCGGAGGCCAGCAUCAGCGUCAAGCUGGUCAGCGAGCAGGGAGUCGGCGUCGUGGCGGCUGGGGUUGCCAAGUGCAAGGCCGACCACAUCUUGAUCUCCGGCUGCGAGGGCGGCACGGGUGCCUCGAAGUGGACGGGCAUCAAGCACGCGGGGGCGCCGUGGGAGCUCGGCCUCGCCGAGAGCCACCAGACCUUGGUCCUCAACGGCCUCCGCGGGAGGGUCUCGCUCGAGACCGACGGGCAGCUCAGGACGGGGCGCGACGUGAUCAUCGCCGCCCUCCUGGGGGCGGAGCACUUCGGCUUCGCCACGGCCCCGCUGAUCGCCAUGGGCUGCAUCAUGAUGCGCAAGUGCCAUCUGAACACGUGCCCUGUGGGGAUAGCCACCCAGGACCCCGUGCUCCGGGCCAAGUUCGAGGGGCUCCCCGAGCACGUGGUGAACUAUCUGUUCAUGAUCGCCGAGGAGGCGCGCCAGCUCAUGGCCAAGCUUGGCUUCCGCUCCGUCGACGAGCUAGUCGGCCACACGGAGGUCCUGACGGUGAACCCGACGAGGUUCUUCGAGACGCCGUUGGUCCUGACGAAGCUCCUGACCCCAGCGCACAUGCUCCCGGACGCCGGCAGCAUCGGCAAGACCGAGAACCGCAAGAUGUACGAGCAGGACCACUCGGACAUUUUGCCGCCGGGCUGCGUGACGGCAAAGCUCAUCGAGGCCUUCCAGGGCACGCUGCAGACUGGCAAACCCUCCAAGCACACGAUCACAGGCGUGCGCAACCUCGAGCGCUCCGUGGGCACCGUGCUGGCGAGCAGGCUCUGCAAGAAGUGGGGCGACUCGCUGGCGGCGGGCGCCUGCCACGCCAAGCUGGAGGGCACGAGCGGCCAGUCCUUCGGCGCCUUCUGCGGCAAGGGCAUCUUCCUGGAGCUGGAGGGCGACGCGCAGGACUACUUCGGGAAGGGCCUCAGCGGCGGCGUCGUCGCCGUCUACCCGGACAAGAAGGCGAUGGACAGCGGCUUCAAGUCGGAGCAGAACGUCAUCGUCGGCAACGUCUGCCUGUACGGCGCGACGAAGGGCGCGGCCUUCGUGCGCGGCAUCUGCGCGGAGCGCUUCGCGGUCAGGAACAGCGGCGCGUGGGCCGUGGUCGAGGGCGUCGGGGACCAUUGCUGCGAGUACAUGACAGGCGGCCGCGUCGCGGUGCUCGGCAUCACUGGCAGCAACUUCGCCGCCGGCAUGAGCGGCGGCGUCGCGUGGGUGUGGGACCCGAAGUUCCAGUUCGAGAGGAACGUGAACAUGGAGAUGGUGAAGCUCACUCGCAUGGCCGCCAGCGAGCGCCACGAGGCCUAUCCGCGGGACGCGGAGGACUUGCAGGAGCUGCUCAGGGCGCACUCGAGGCUGACCGGCAGCUCGGUCGCGGGCGACAUCCUCGCCAGGUGGCCCCAGUCGUUGCCCGAGUUCGUGCGUGUGUUCCCAACGGACUUCGAGGGGGCGAUGCUCAAGGGCGACAAGGGCGAGGCCGACUCGGAGAGGUUCAGGUCCUGGCUGCCGCAGGCCGACGUUUCCAUGGAGCCGCCCAGGGCGCAGGAGAACGGGAAGGCCGAGAAGGACACGUUCAAGUUCCCCACCCUCGACAUCGAGGACUGUGCCACCCUCUCCAAGCGGCCGAAAGUCGACGUGGAGGAGGCCCUCAAGGGCAACAACGGCUUCGUGAAGUUCUCCAGGGCCGAGAUCGCGAAGCGCGACGUCAAGGCCCGCGCCGGGGACUUCGUGGAGAUCUACAGCCACGAGGACAAGCAGGCGGUGCGGACACAGGCCGCGCGGUGCAUGGACUGCGGCACCCCCUUCUGCCACCAGUCCGUGACGCAGCGGUCGGGCUGCCCCCUCGGCAACCUGAUCCCCGAGUGGAACGCGCUGGUGAAGAAGGGCGACUGGAAGACGGCCUUUAUGCGCCUGAGGCAGACGAACAACUUCCCCGAGUUCACUGGCCGGGUCUGCCCGGCCCCGUGCGAGGCGGCUUGCACCCUCGGCAUCAUCGACGACCCUGUGGCCAUCAAGUCCGUGGAGCUGAUGAUCGUCGACGAGGCCUACCGCCAAGGGUGGAUGGAGCCCGUCCCACCGCCGGUCCGCACCGGCAAGAAGGUGGCCAUCAUCGGAUCCGGGCCCGCCGGCCUCGCGGCCGCAGACGAGCUCAACAGGAUGGGGCACGAGGUGACCGUCUACGAGCGCUCCGACCGCCCCGGGGGCCUGAUGAUGUACGGCGUCCCGAACAUGAAGUGCGACAAGCUGGAAGUGGUCGAGAGGAGGACCAGCAUCAUGGCGAAGGAGGGCGUCACCUUCGUCCUCGGGGCCGCCGGGCACAUCGGCAGGGAGGGGGCCCCGUCGGCGGAGGCCCUUCUCGCCGGGUGCGACGCGCUGGUCCUCGCCACGGGCGCGACGGUGGGGCGCGACCUCGGCACCACCCCGGGCCGCAACCUGACUGGCGUGCACCUCGCCAUGGAG